GCCCCUGGAGGAGAUGGCCCAAUUGGCUGGGGAGAGGGAAGUCUGGGCCUCUGCUUAGGCUGCUGCUCCCGCGACCCGACUCCAGAUAAGCGGCUGAAAAUGGAUGGAUGGAUGGAUGGAAGUCACUGCUGCAAUCCAACAGGCAAUCCUUUCAAUUUGACACAUUUUUCAAACAGGAAGUGUGGGUGGAAUAAGACUCUGGAAUGGUGGCUAUGAAAUUCAAGUUGGUGGUUGCAUUUUAUGCAUACCAGCAUCCAAUGGGGCGGCUAUUUUUUAAGGUUUCUGAGCUUUGCAAACUGGUCUGUUUCUGGCCCCUUUAGGCUUCCAUGCGCAUGAGAACGAGGCGCGAGGACGGCGGUGCUGUGAAUGGGACGCGGCCACAGUCAUGGACGCAGCCAGCGGCAGAAGGGCGGUGCUCUGAAUUGGACGCGGCUGGUUCUGCCGCCGACAUCUUGCUUCCGACUGGACGAACCUCGGUGGGUCUCACGGUCAGUCGUCCCGGUGAGGAGACGGCUAGGCCUCGCAGAGGAAGAAAUACACAAACCCGGUACUCAGCAGCUGUUCACGGACGGCGAGGACCCGGAGACCGGACCCACCGGAGUCGGUUUGUCCGUCGUUGCGACUGCAGCCGUGGACCGACCGUUGGACCGCCGCUAGCGGCUAGUAGCCGAGCUAACCCCCGCUCUGGUCGGCCCUAAAAUCAUACGUUUAAGCCCCGCCUCGGUUUUCAGCGCCAGUUCUUUUGCUGCGAAUCGGACUGUAAGACGGACCGGAUCAGAGGAGUCCGAACUCCGGUUCGGCCCUAACAGAAUGAGUUAGUGACAUUUUUAUUCGUGGUUUCGCCUUUUUACGCAGCCGCACAAUCGGUUCCGAACCGUAACGUCCGUGACUGGGCGGAACCUUCAGCCGCCGUGUUCCGGUCCUCAAGGUACCAGUCAAACCACUACCGACACGAACAAGGGCGUCCUGCUAGUCAGCCCCGAAAGGACCGUUGAGUCCCCCGGUACCGACUGGAGAACAGACUCCGCCGACCAGAGAGUAGUUCGGUAAAACGGGCUUCGUGCGGUUAAAACCGGAGGAUUGUGGACCGAGUUCGGAGAGCGGAUUGUGCAGCGUCACUCGGAUCCAGGUGAUGGGUUGGUUCACCAGAGCUCAUUAUGGGAUGUUUGCCUGCGGAUCUCUGUUAAACAAUAAAAUAAUAAAUGACAUAAAAUCAGUGAAGCUGCGACAAAAAUCAAGAAUCAGUAAAAUUGUUCAUUUCUACGUAAAACGGGGGUUUUAAACCUUCUGUAGUGAAUAACAUUUAGAGUGAUGGAUAUAAAAAGAUGGUUGCUAUGGAAACCUCUCGAUCAUUGCCGGACUGAGCGUAUAUCUAACGGGAGUUGUGGUUCUGAUCGGUUCAGCCUGUGGGUCUCAGGGGCAGUUAUUGGACAGGAAGUUUUAAACAGCUGUUUAUCCGCCAUCUCUGGCUCACUGAACAUCUGUUUAUGGUGGUUCUGUUAAGAACCAAGUUCAUCCAGAGCCCCAGUUAGUUCUCACACGGACCAAGGACCCAGGCACUCUGGUUCUGGGCUGGAUACCAUUCAUCAUCAUCAUCAUUGUGGAUGAAACAGAAAGCAGGAAGUUCUGCCAGGACUGGUCCUGAUGAGGGUUCCUCUGCUGUGAGUGGGGAGAGCCUCGCUCCAACAUCUGUUUGACAUGGCUUUGAUCCUGGUGACUGAUGUGGCUCCUCCAACUGCUGACUGAGUCCGUUCCUAGGAUUCACACCCGAUCAGAGCAGGACCACCACCUCUUAUUUAUACUGUGUGUUUAUGUAUUAGUUUUAUUUGGGGUUUAGACAUUUUUAUUUGAGGCUUUUAGAACCAACGUUUAAUUUUUCUUGCGCCAAAGAACAGAAAAUAUUUUGAACCAACCUUUUCUCUUUGGUGAGCAGCUGGUGACGCUUCCUAAAACCCAGGACAGGAAGUGGGUCGGCGGUGUCAGCCCACCGCUCUGUGGUUUUUUUAGGUUUUGAUUUUUGUGGUGUCAGAUGAGAAAAUCAAAACCUAAAGAAAGUACAGCGCCGUGAGGAUGUCCUGUUCCGGUUCUGGCCGUGGCAGAUCGGUGCCAGGGGUUCUGCAGCAGGAAGUGGGUCCAGUUCCGCAUGAUGAUCACGUCACGUUUCAACCUCAUCAGCUGUUUUCCAAACUGGAUCAGGAAGUUCCUCCUGAUGACCGCAGAAAGUCCAGUCAGAACCACCAGAUCCGAACUCACGACGCUCCUGUAACACUGAAAUGUAACCGCCAUCCACUCAAUUCCAGGUGUGUGUGUGUUGGGACUUGAAAGUGAACUUCUGUUAUUGGUUAAUGAUAAACAAUGUUAUUAUAUUAAUAAAGUUUAUUUUUGACUCUGACAUGUUUCUCUUAAAGCUGCUUCCUGUUGAUCAUGUAAACACACUUUCAGCUCUUUGAAACUGCAGCCAAUCACAGGACAGCUGCUGACAUCCCUCAGGAGUGUCACCUGGUUGGGUUUCAGGACCUUUGACACUCCCAGCCAACAUGACCACAUUUCUAUGGUUUAGAAAAUGUUUCGGUUUUAGUCUUUGAUCAAAAAUACAACAUAACAAUGGUUUGCAGGAUUGGGCUUACCUGGACAGGUGCCACCCAGCAAGGUUUCUAUUAAUAAAACUAGAAAAAUGAGAUUAUGAUGCAAAAGUUAAUUUGUCAGUAAUCCAGCUCAGACUGAGAGACCAUCUAAAGGCUCAGGAGCCCUCUGCAGGUGUUCUGGAUUUAUCAGCUGAUUAGAACGUGACAAUUUGAGUCUAGAAAACUGGAACAUUUUCACAAUAUUCUGAAUAUCAGAGAUUUUGCAUAUUGGGUUUUCAUCAGCUGUAACCCACGCGUGCUUUGCUAGGGUUAGGGUUUAUGUCGGGGGUGUUGUUUCUCUGCUCCAGCACUCUUGAUUCAAUGGUUGAGUCACCUGUUCUGCCGCUUAUUGAGCUCAGCAGACGCCUGUUAAUCACCUGCUCAGGUCAGAUGUGUUGUAGCAGGGAAGCCACUAAAACAUGCUCAAAUAGCAGACCAAGGCAUCGGGACCCCUAGUUAACACAGAUGUGAUGUUAAAGAAACAUGACCACCUGUUGGGCACCUGAGAACAGAACAAGUAUUACUGUUUUCACCCUCAAAGGGAAUGAAUGCAUGUGAAUCCUUAAAGACCUGCUAACUCUAACCCACAACUCUUAAAAUGCUGUAAUGGAUGAUAAAUUCAAGCUGGAGAACGUGUCCGGUUUUAAUGCCAACCAGAGAAAUAUAAAGCUCGUGGGGAGCGUGCGUUCGCCUUUGCUGCUCCCAGACUCUGGAACGCACUCCCUCUGGUGGUACGCCAGGCUUCCUCACUGGCACAGUUUAAAUCCAGCCUAAAGACAAAUUUUUAAAGGGACUUUACGGACUUUUGAAUUUUUAUGGUCGCAAUUGCCUCCUCAGGCCAAAAGCGUAAUGGCAGCUUCACGGUGGCGGCUGGCCAGUAGAGGGCGAUAGGGCGCCGCCCUCCCAGUUUUCCCCAGUGUUUUUAAUUUUUAUUUAAAAAAUAAAUAAAUAAAAUUAACAAUAAUCACAUAUUCUAAGUUAAUUGUGUGUUUUGUAACAAAAAUAAAUCAUAUAUAUAUAUAGGUCUCUGCCGAGCGGUGGAGGCUGUAGGCUGUAUUUGAAUCGCCCAAACAGGACGGGACCAGCCGUCCAAUUGCUGACAAGAAAAUCAAAGGGUAGGAAUAGGAAUGUAUCCAAUCAGCGUCGACGUUGUUUCAGAAGCAUGAUGGGCGAUAGAGCUACCGCCAAAGGAUUCGUUGGUGUUUGGUAGAACUCGGCAGAGUCGUUUUGGUUGGUCGUGACGCAGAUGUAACAUGGACGCCGCCGGUGACUACAACCAGAUACCGGAUACCGGAUCUCAGCAGCCACUGAAUUCAGUUCGGUCUCUUCUCCAGUAUCCGUUCGAGAGGAGAACUAUGGUGGAAAAACUUAAUGUCAAAGAGCUUGGACCAGAUCAGCCCGACGUAAAGAUAAGCCAGCAGGACAAGGAGAGAGAUAAGGCAUGGAUGAGUCAGGAGUUACAGACGUGAAACAUUUUUCUGAGAAGGUGAAGAAACACGAGUCAUCCCGGGCACACAUGGACAACAACACGGUGAAGCUAGCCAUGCUAGGCAGAGCUAACGUUGCCAUGCAGCUGACAAGGGAACAACAGCAGCUGGGUGCAGAGAGGAUUAAGACUUUCCUGAGGAACACCAUGACACAGGAUGGGCUGAAUGCUCUUGCCAUGCUCUCCAUGGAAAAAAAGCUUGUCACAAACAUUCCUGACUUCAAUAAAAAGCUCAUCGAGAGCUUUGCCACUCAGAAGGACAGAAGGGCAACAUUUCUGUACAAAUGAGGUCAGCUGCAGCUCCUCUCAGGAGCCCUCCCCUUCCCUGUGAACCUCCUGGAGUGCUGCAGCUGAACCACAUCUCCAUGAUUGCCCUCACCCUAUUUCAGAUGUGACGAAACACGUGACGUGGCUAAGACGGCAGUGGUGGGAACCGACCAUUGGGCUCUAAUUCAGCUUUUCAGAAACCUAAGGGUGAUGGCGACGAGGGCCCAGGUGGAACCUGAAGUGCUUUAUAAAUAAAUGAAGGUCACCGGGGACCCCUGGAACCAAACUUGGAGGUGCGGCAUGCUGGCGAUUCCCUUGUGGCCAGCCUUUCACCCAUGAAGCUUUACUAGGCACAACUUGAAGAGGAGACAAGAGUACCCAUUCUCAUGGGCUCACCACUUGUGGGAGGGCCCAGAAGGGACAGAUGCAAAGUGAAAUGGGCAGUGGACAAAGGCGGGGACCUCGGCGGUCUGACCCUUGGCUACAAAGGCUAGCUCUUGACUUUGCAUCAAAAUCUCUGCAGCGGUAGAGUGAAGUCUGGCCGCAUGUAUCUGCGGUACAGUCCAGGUGUCUCGCUUAAAUUAAAGCAAAGACUAAAGCCACUGAUGUUCCACUUUGCUGAUGCACAGGUUGACGAGCUGACAGAGCGGAUUGGUUCAUGCUCAGGAAUAGAUAAACUAAUAAAGAAGGGAGAGUUCCAGUUUCUCGACUUGGUGUUUGAUGUCCUUGUUCCAGAGGUACAACGCAGUCUUCAGCAGUGAUUGGUAUAAAAGUUACUUUUUGAAAACAUUUGACAGUGUAUGAAGUAAUGCUUAACAGAGUUUGGUGGCAGGAGAAUCUCGUCUCUGCUUUUUGCGGAUGAUGUGGUCCUCCUAGCUUCAUCCAGCUCUGACCUUCAGCUCUUGCUGGGUUGGUUCGCGGCCGAGUGUGAAGCGGCUGGGAUGAGGAUCAGCACCUCCAAAUCUGAGACCAUGGUUCUCGACCGGAAAAGGGUGGCUUGCCAACUCCGGGUCGGGGGGGAGGUCUUAUCUCAAGUGGAGGAGUUUAAGUAUCUCGGGGUCUUGUUCACGAGUGAGGGUAGGAGGGAUCGGGAGAUCGACAGGCGGAUUGGUUCGGCGUCUGCAGUGAUGCGGACGCUGAGCCGAUCUGUCGUGGUGAAGAGGGAGCUGAGCCAGAAAGCCAGGCUCUCGAUUUACCGGUCCAUCUAUGUCCCAAUCCUCACCGAUGGUCAUGAGCUUUGGGUAAUGACCGAAAGAACGAGAUCACGGAUACAAGCGGCUGAAAUGAGUUUCCUCCGUAGGGUGGCCGGGAUCAGCCUUAGAGAUAGGGUGAGGAGCUCGGACAUUCGGGAGGGACUCGGAGUAGAACUGCUGCUCCUCCGGACCGAAAGGAGCCAGUUGAGGUGGUUUGGGCAUCUGGUCAGGAUGCCUCCUGGAUGCCUCCCUGGGGAGGUGUUUCGGGCAUGUCCUGCCGGCAGGAGGCCCCCGGGUCGACCCAGGACACGUUGGAGAGGUUACAUCUCCAAUCUGGUCCGGGAACGCCUUGGGGUCCUGCCGGAGGAGCUGGUGGAGGUUGCCGGGGAGAGGACGGUCUGGAGCUCCCUAGUUGGGAUGCUGCCCCCACGACCCGGACUGGGAUAAGCGGAGGAAGACAACGACGACGACGAUGAAGUAAUCCUUCAUGUUUUUCAGGUAACAGUAUAAGUGUUGGAAAAAUGGGAGGGAAUGAAUCGAUAUGCAGCUGAGAAAGCCAUGCUUCAGCAAAUUAAUUUGUACCCAAAGUAAAAUGGUUGUGAAAUUAAGUGUUUCUUUGGUUUUAUUGUCUUUCACUAAGGGAUUUAAUACAACAUUAUUUAAAAGUUUGCCAGUCCAGAUCUGAAGAGAAAAAAAUCCGAAAUAAAAAGCUUUCUCCGGUAAGUUUUGUUUUAAAAAAACUACCUCCAGUGAAAGUAAUGACUUCUGGUUAAAGCCGGGCAUACACUGUGCGACUUUUUCACUUUUGAGCCGAUUUUCCACUCGUGCGAGAAUCCACGAGAUCGGGGCGAGUUUUGCGCCGAGCGUCGUGUAGUGUACAGCUGGUCACGAGAGGCGAUUAACACCACGUGACCAGCAAUCGUGAGCUCGCACGGACUUCUGGCGUGUUUAAUAUUUUGCUCGUCCCUCCUGAGGGUAUCGCACUGUUGAUGCGGCGCUGCGAGCAGCUGCGACCCAAGAUGUAUCAGAACCACUCACGGCGCAUGCGCAAUCCUACAUCAACACCGCUCCCGCUAUUUCCUUAAUAACACACAUGUGUUACGUUUUACCUUCUUCAGGGAGGGGAAACCAGGGAGGCAAGAAGGAACUUGUGUAAAGAAAACAAAUUUAUUAAAACAUUAGAGGAUAACACAAAACCAAGGGCUGGAAAUCCUAACAGCAAUACACUAACACAGCCCAUAAAACUCAGAGUCCAAUGUUCAUAUAAAAUAAAGCAGGAGACUAAGGCUCAGGUCUUUUAACUGGCAGCACCAAAAGAAAACCAGACCUAAGUGUCCAACAGGAUGGUACAAAAGAAAGAAAGAUGUGGGAUGGAUUAACUAAAAGACUCAGGGUUAUUUCCAAAACCUAAAGAAGCUUUCACCUUCUACAUAAUAAUUCAGCAACUUAACCACAAAAGACUCUUAAACUCUAACAGUGGCCACUGUAGUUAUUUUACCAAGAGUAAUUACUAAACCCAAAGAGAGACUUAAUAAAAGCUGAGGAAUUAUUUCCUUUCAAGAUGUUUAAACUUCUAAAACCCUGAAACCAUCCCAAAGGGAGUCUACUUGGUUACAAGUAGACUCCCAGAAUGAAAGUUCCUCCAGCCUUUUAUCCUUUCCAGAUCCAGAGAAAACAAUUAGUCCAAUUGCUUCCACCUGAAGAACUGUGGAGGGAUCCACUGGUGAUGAGGCUGCCGGUGCUCAUUGCGGUUUCCAUGGCUACUGGACAACAGCAUGGAGGCAGCCAUCUUGUAUCUGGGUCUGGUAUUGUCACUCCAAAAGAAAACAAAACAAUGGGAAGAAAACUACCAAAACGGGAAAAAAUUCUGACUAAACAGUAAAUGGUAAAUGGCUUGUAUUUGAUAUAGCGCCUUCUAGAGUCCUGGAACCCCCCAAGGCGCUUUACAACACAAUCAGUCAUUCACCCAUUCACACACACAUUCACACACUGGUGGGAAUGAGCUACAAUGUAGCCACAGCUGCCCUGGGGCGCACUGACAGAGGUGAGGCUGCCGAGCACUGGCGCCACCGGUCCCUCCGACCACCACCAGCAGGCAACGUGGGUUAAGUGUCUUGCCCAAGGACACAACGACAGCGACAGACUGAGCGUGGCUCGAACCUUCAACCUUCCGAUUGCGAGGCGAGCACUUAACUCCUGUGCCACCAUCGCCCCGAUAAUAAUAAUACGACCAAUCAUUGUAAAACCCAGGUGUCGUAACACUCCCCCCCAUGAAACAAAAGAAACUGCCUCAGUUUCUUUACCUUGGGCACCAUCCCUUUUACCUAGUACCCCCCUUUUUUUUCUUCUUUUCUUUUUCACAAACUACGGGACAAGCAAUCCGCCACUACAUUUUCUGUUCCUUUCUUAUGUCUAAUCAGAAGUUCAUGUUCCUCCAUCAUUAAAGCCCAACGCAUUAGUCGUUGGUUGCUGUUAAACAUACGUGACAGAAAUACAAGGGGGUUGUGGUCGGUAUACACAGUAAGCGGUUUGUUUACCGAACCUAUGUAGACGUGGAAAUGUUGCAAGGCGAGAAGCAGGUCAAGCGUUUCUUUUUCUAUCGUAGAAUAUCGGGCUUGACAGGGACUGAACUUCUUGGAGAAGAUGGCCAGAUAUCUGUCAUAAGACAUGACGGUCAGGUUAGUAAACUCUAUACUUGUGUAAGAGUAAACACAGAAGAUCUGCAGGAAACAGAGGAGCAGAAAUGGUGUGAACAUCAGAGAGAAUCUGAAUCAGCAGGAGGGGAAACAAGCCUGCACUUCCAUACAGCUCAUUCACAAACAGGCUGCACAGAAACAUGUACAUGGGUUCAUGUAGAGUCCUGUUCACACAAAUGACCACGAUGAGCAGAACGUUACAACCAACGAUUAAAACAUACAGGAUCAGAACUAUCAUGAAGAAGAAGCAGGUGAAUGAACUGGUGUCCAAGUAGACGUUUAGAGUAAAAUAUACAACCUGAGUGCAGUGGCGGCUGGUCAGUAGAGGGCGAUAGGGCGCCGCCCUCCCAGUUUCCCCUGUGUUUUUAAUUUUUAUUUAAAAAAAUAAAUAAAUAAAAUUAACAAUAAUCACAUAUUCUAAGUUAAUUGUGUGUUUUGUAACAAAAAUAAAUCAUAUAUAUAUAUAUAUAUCUAUAUUGGUCUUUGCCGGUCUCUGCCGAUCUCUGCCGGUCUCUGCCGAGCGGUGGAGGCUGUGUGCUGUUUUUCAAUCGCCCAAACAGGAUGGGACCAGUUGUCCAAUUGCUGACAAGAAAAUCAAAGGGUAGGAAUGGGAAUGUAUCCAAUCAGCGUCGACGUUUCAGAACGUUUCAGAAGCAUGAUGGGCGAUAGAGCUACCGCCAAGGCUUUCGUUGAUGUUCGGUAGAACUCGGAGAGUCUCGACUCCAGCACGUUUUGACGGUCGUGACGCAGACGUAGACAGUGCGCCUACAACAUGGAUACCGGAUCUCAGCAGCCACUGAAUUCAGUUCGGUCUCCUCCAGUAUCCGUUCGAGAGGAGAACUAUGGUGGAAAAACAAUGUCAAAAAGCUUGCACCAGAUCAGCCCGACGUAAAGAUAAGCCAGCAGGAGAAGGAGAGAGGUAAACUGUACACACGACGCUUCUCCCAAAAUUGGUACACCAGGAAGCAGUGGCUAGCUGGAUGCAAUCACGCUAAUGCGUUAUUUUGCUUUCUGUUUUUGUUAUUCAAAACGGCUGGGAUCCAUAGAAGGUGGAUGUGGAACUUGUGUCUCAUUGGGGACUCCAUUCAUUCUCUGACUGAGGAAUGCAGCGCAUCAGUGCAGCAGCCAACAAAGAAACGGAGGACGUUUGGACAGGGAGAACAGCAGCUGGGUGCAGAGCUUAUCAACAAGAAGUCCGUAUCACCAACACGUGUUGGUGAAACAGCAGGAGCUGGAGCCUCCAACCCCCGACAGGCUACUCGACCCCGUGUGAUGUUGUUGAAACUUCUGAAUUAUGCGGAUAAUGGACGGAUAAUGAACGCAGCACAACUUAAAGGUACUGUACUUUUGGACAAUCAGAAAAUAAUGUUUUUCCCAGAUGUCUCGCCUGAAUUACUCAAGAGGCAAAAAUCUUUUACUGCGGUGAAGAAAGCUUUGGCCUCUCUUUCCAUCCCUUCUCUGAGGUAUGGAAUUGUGCAUCCUGCGAGGCUCCUGAUUACCAACAAGAAGUCCGUAGGGAAAGACCAGAUCCAGGGUGUGGCCUGCUCUGUGAGUGGGACCAGACAAGUGUUGAGAGAAGUUAAAAGAGUUCAUCAUGUUUAGGAACUUCCUGGUAGAGCUGUUAGAUAGAUCCUCAGCGUAGAUGUUGAAAUCUCCAACAAUGAUUAUCCUGUCUAGUUUAAUAGUUGAAGAUAGGAGGUCCUGAAAGUCAGACAGGAAGGAUGAAGUUGAUCCAGGUGGGCGAUAGACCAGAAUUCCAUAAACUGGGGAACUCGACCAAUUUUAAUCAUGAUCAUCUCGAAUGAGCUGUAGGAGUUUGAGGAUAUAAUUUGGCACGAAAAGUGUUUCUUAAAGAUAACAGCUGUUCCUCCACUGCGGGCUGUGGUUCGUGGAGCAGAGAAGAAAGAGCAGUCUUGAGGACAGAGUUCACAGAGAUGUCCUGCCGGCAGGAGGCCCCCGGGUCAACCCAGGACACGUUGGAGAGGUUACAUCUCCAAUCUGGUCCGGGAACGCCUUGGGGUCCUGCCGGAGAAGCUGGUGGAGGUGGCCGGGGAGAGGACGGUCUGGAGCUCCCUAGUUGGGAUGCUGCCCCCACGACCCGGACCCGGAUAAGCGGAAGAAGACGACGACGACGACAAUGAAGUAGUCCUGCAUGUUUUUCAGGUAACAAUAAAAGUGUUGGAAAAAUGGGAGGGGAUGAAUGGAUAUGCAGCUGAGAAAGCCAUGCUUCAGCAAAUUCAUUUGUACCCUAAAUAAAAUGGUUUUGAAAUUAAGCGUUUCUUUGGUUUUAUUGUCUUUCACUAAAAAUAAAUACCAACUAGCUAAAUAGUUAUCAGCUGUAGUAGUUAAAUUCUGUUGCUGUGAGCUGCUGUGAUACACAAUAGGACAGUGUUAUGGAUAUUUUGUAACUAAUUUAGUUGCUGGUGAGAGAGGAGUGUUGCUGAAAUGUUUUUCACUGCUUCUGGGAGUCCUAUACUUUAGCAAUUGGUGUAGGUCAAAAGUUCAUCUUGGGCUUAACAAUGAAACUGAAUAUUUAGCAAGUACUAUUUUGUGUUCUAUAUAUUAUACUAUUAUAUGUGUUCUCAUUUUUUCCAUAUAUGUUUUCUUAUUCACUUUACAGCCUUUUAUUGUUAUAUAUAUAUGCCAACCGGCUGAACAAGCUGAUUAGAAGGGCUGGGUCUGUCCUGGGUGUUAGACUUGAGAACCUGGAGGAGGUGUCUGAGGGGAGAAUGCUAACAAAGCUUCUCUCUAUCAUGGACAACCCCACCCACCCCAUGCACGCCCACAUGAUGGACCAAUCGAAGCACACGCAGCAAAAGACUCAUUGCCCCGAAAUGCAGAACUGACCGCAACAGGAAAUCCUUUGUACCGGUGGCAAUGGGAUUGUUUAACUCUUCCUCACCCUGUAGGUGAUUCUCCUAAUACCUAUACCUAGGUUAUUCUGUUCCCUCCCAGACUGUGCAAUAUUACCCAAGAGUUCUGAUUGUAAAUAUGUUUUUAUCCCCCCAUCAUAUCAUAUGCUGCUACAAACCCUUAUUCUAUUACACAAUACUUUAAUCACUUUUGUGAAUCUCCUGCACCGACGACUUAAUUACUUAUUCACAAGGAUGCAGUCAUGUAUUUAUUUGUUGAGAUAUGCGAUUGUUUGUUUUUGCACUAUCCUACAGGGUACUACUGUAGAUAAUUUUUUACUGUAUAUAUUGUAUAUCAUGUUUCUAUUUCACCUGUUCCUUUGUCUCUCCUACUGCUUUGUGCAUGUACAUGACACAAGAAUUUCCCUCGGGAUAAAUAAAGUUGUUCUUAUCUUAUCUUAUCUUAUCUUAUCUUAUCUUAUCUUAUCUUAUAUAUACACAUAUGUAUGUGCUACUGUCAUAAAAUUCCCUGUCUGAAGGACAAAGGGAUUUAAUACAACGUUAUUUAAAAGAUUGCCAGUCCAGAUCUGAAGAGAAAAAAAAAAUCCGAAAUAAAAAGCUUUUUCCGGUAAGUUUUGUUUAAAAAAAACUACUUCCAGUGAAAGUAAUGACUUCUGGUUAAGGGAAAGACCCACGGUGUAAUAUUUCUCUUAAAUAUGUACAUAUCGAAGAGAACGACACUGUAUGGUUUUUCUCGACAAAUCCAAACUACUUCCGGCGAAGGUAAUGACCCGAUGUCUUGUUUUUCCGGAUACGUCAUUUCCUGUCACGGCAAAGACGCCAGCUGCAUGUCUACAGCCAGAUGCUUGUGAGUGUUACAGCCAAGGACUCUUAUGGUAGCAGAGUCGUUCAACCAUGGUUUUCUGGCUAAAAGUACCCCCCCCCCCCACUUCUGUUUGUUUCUGUUAUGCAGUUAGCCAUUGUUAAGGGUGUGUCCUUUAGAUUGUUGUCAGUCAUCUGCCCCAUCCUCAAAGCCCCACUCUUAGUUCUAUUUUUGCAUUUUACAGGUGUGACGAAACACGUGGCUAAGAUGGCAGUGGUGGGAACCUACCAUUGAGCUCUAAUUCAGCUUUUCAGAAACCUAAGGGUGAUGGCGCCGAGGGUCCGGGUGGAACCUUAAGUGCUUUAUAAAUAAAUGAAGGAACGCAAACACAAUCCCACUGCUAUGGAUGAUGGAUCGAUGACAGGUGGAUAGAAAACAAACUUCUGUCCCUUCAGACUUUUCGUCUUCGUCCGUUUAACAUCAGAGUCGCUGUUUGGGAGACAGGUGGAACCAGGUGAUUGUUGCUCUGAUUUGAGGGGUUGUUGUGGUCCGAUGAUGAACUGGUCUGAUGGAGGUCUGCAGCCACCUGAUCUCCAGCUGAACGUUUAGACCUUUAAUCAGGUGGACGUGUGGCUCCGCGGCUCCAUCUCCACCUGAGGUUUCCAUCAUGAAUGAAAAGCUGCAGCUUGUGCUUGUGCUCCAGGGUCUGAACGAGUCACUGAGCAACCGUCAGGUCUACUCCACCCUGGCUCUGACGUCCUAUCUGCUCACGGUUUGGGUCAACCUGGUGCUUGUGGUCACGGUGAGCCUGGAUAAGGCGCUGCACCAGCCCAUGUACAUCUUCCUGUGUAACCUGUGCUGUGCUGGUGUCUGUGGAGCCUCCAGCUUCUACAUCAAGCUGCUUCAUGACCUGCUCUCUGAGGAACACCUCAUCUCCUACGUGGGCUGCUUGACACAGAUGGUUGUCUCGUACGCCUACGUCUUCAGUCAGUUCACCAGUCUGACUGUUAUGGCGUACGAUCGAUACCUGGCCAUCUGCCAGCCGCUGCACUAUCACACUCUGAUGACGUUUCAGAAGGUGGUGGUGCUGCUGUUGCUCACCUGGACCUUCUCGCUGCUGGAGUCGCUGGUCGGUAUAGUCCUGACGUCCCAGCUGCCGCUCUGCAGCCGCUACAUCAAUGGGAUAAUCUGCACCAACUGGGAGGUGGUGAAGCUCUCCUGCUCCGACACGACCGCCAACAACCUGUAUGGCUUCCUGAUUGUGUUCCUUCACACGUCACAGACCGGACUCAUCCUGGUCUCCUACGGCCACCUGAUCCGCACCGCCACUCGCUCCGAGUCCGACCGCAGGAAGUUUGCUCAGACGUGCACGCCCCACCUGAUCACGCUGCUGGUGUUCUCCACGUCGCUGCUGUUAAACCCGCUCUACUCCCGUUACGGAGGCCCGGAGGGGCCGCUGCAGAGCGCGAUGGCAGUAGAGUUCCUUGUAGUCCCUCCAAUCAUCAACCCAACAGUCUACGGCAUGAAGCUGCGGAAAAUCAGGGCCCGGAUCCAGGUUCGGUUCUGCUUCUGGCUCUCCGACAGACUGGAGACCCAGCAGGAUCGCUCAUAAACACACAAACUGUAGAAAUGUCUGAGAGUAAAAGACUCGUUCCUGAAAACGUUUUAAAACUUUUAGAUAAAUGUUUGUCUCCUUCACAAUAAAAGUCUUCAGACAAAUUACAGAUUAGUUUAAUUAAUACCAACAACUUUUUAAUCCAACAUUAUUCCUACUGUAACGGAAUGAAAUGACUGUUUUCCACCUAAAAGUGAUUUCCCCCUCUCCUCAGCAAGAACUAGUCUGCAUGAGACUGCCUCAAGGUCAUGCAUCUGCCUCUAAACUGCUUCCUUUCCAGCUCAAGAGAAGAAUGAAGACAAAGGACUCUCUCCUUUUAAUAAAUCAAAGAACUCUGUUUUUAAUAAAGCUAAUCAAACAAAGUGUUAGUCAAUAAUAAGAUGUUGACCAAUGUGUGAAAUAGGGUUAGGGGGGGGGGGGUCGGUAGGUUCGCUGGAAUUUUUUGACAAUUAAAAUUGCGCCCACAUUUUCUAAGUUAAACACAUCUCUUUUAACAAUGGUAGUUUCUGCAUCCUACUUCAGCCCUCUCCCCCCUCCCCCUGCGCAGCAGCCGCAAACUCACUGAUGCGCCUGCAGCCUCUCGGAGUUCCUGCUGCUCUAAACAUUAAAAUAAUUAUUUCAUUUUCUGUUCCUCACUUCUGAUUACCUUCAAUGGUGUCUGUUUGUUGCAACCAGGUUUUUAUUUGACUAUUUUUCUGUCCUGUCUGUUUAUUAUCUUCCUGCAUCUCCUCUCAAUCCUAAAGAAAAACUGCUACCUGGGCUCAUAUAUAUUCACUUCAUGAGUUACCUUUGAACUGCAGUUCUAAAAGAUCUACCGACCGUAAAAACAGCGGAGUGCCGCUGCUCGCCGGCCGACUACAACGGGACCGUUUUUGCUGCGGAGUUCAUGCCGGAGCGGAGCGGAGAUAGUGGAAUCUUGGGGGUGCGUCACCGGAGGACAACAGGUGAUGUGCCUCGCUCCGCAGCAGCGAAAUGCAUCAGGCACAAAUAACAGACAGAAAACAUGAAAGGAAAUGAGCCGACAUGAACGAUCGCGUGUUUAAUUUGUUUUUGAGAUGGUGACACCUGAUUUGGCGGUGCUCAGGACGCAAUGUCUGGAGCGCACGUCAACGAUCAGAGCUUUGCAUGCACAAACUGGUUAAGAUUAGGAUGGGGGUGAGGGGAAGGUUAGAUUGCAAGAGCGAAAAGGUCACAGUUUGGUUAAAUGUCCGUUUUACCGCCGGUGUCAGUACCGCACAGCGCGUCGCCUCCGCCUCGAUCCAGACGCGCAGGGGCUCAUCACCUGCUGUCUUUUCCGAGGACUGCAUCUUGUCAGUCAUUAUCACGUGACAGCGACUAGUUGAUGACAGGCAUAAAAAGUCACUACAGAGCCAUGAAGUCGACUAGUCGAUUAUUUCGUACAACCCCUAGUGUGAAAUGACAAUGUUAUGAUUAGUGUUUUAAUAAGUAAUAUGACUUUAAUCUAGAGCACUAGACAUCCUGAUCACACGUAAUGUAAACACAUGACACAUUGUUUACUCAUCCAAUCAGAACCUUCCUUUCUGAAGCGUGGCAUAGUCUCUGUGGCGUUUAUAAAUCUGCCAACUUUGAUUCGACCAGAAAUUAAAACAUCCAGAUUAAUAAAACCAGUCCCCACGCCAUCUUAGAUCAGUUCACUGAGUUCUCUACAGUUCACCGCAUGCUAAGAGAAGUAUCGGACCGGCCACCCGAACUUCCUUUUUAAGCAAAGAAAAAACAAGCUGGAUAAAAUCUGUUGCACUUUACCAACCAAGCAACGGUUCCUUUCAGAAUAAAAGCUGAACUCACUGACCCUCAGGGUCCAUCUGAUGCUGUCAACCAACUGUCGCUUUUUACCUGGAGACAAUCCAAAGACUAGUCUGUCGUACUGCUGACGCAGUUUCAUCGGCUCCGGUACCGAAAGGGGGGUCCGAGGACCUGGCAGUCUGGAUCUGUACGGAGGUCUCAUCUGAAGGGUAUGUGUGGAGCGACAAGAUGGCGUCUCAUGUGUUUACGAAACUCCGAUCAAACUCUGAUCAUAGCUAAAAGCAAAACAUCAAAACAUCAUUCAGACUUGCUUCUCCGGAUACGAGAGUUCUGAUGACAACAUCACUCACACAUACACCAUCCAUCUCACGUCUCAUUCAUGCUAAGAUCCAUCCAUUCACUUAGAAUUUAGAGUUAGUCUUGUUUAAAAUUGUUUAGAAAUAAAUCUUCUUAAACGUUUAAAAAGGUGACUCUCUUCUCUUGUCUCUCAGUUAAUACAAGUGUUACAUAAUCCCUGCAAUAAAAAGAUCCAAUCUUCUGGUUAACCCUUUGAUGCAUAAUGGUCACUACAGUGGACAGGUACUCAAAAUUGUUAUUUAUUUAUUUUUGCUACUAAGCACAGCUGUUGAAGACUUUAUUGCAUUUGAGCCCCUCCAUUUGGACUUCAGUAAGCCAAGCCAACAUAUUUCAUGCUCAGAAUGCACUGUCCACUGAGGUGGACAUGUAAUAAAUUAUUUGUAAAUUAUAAAAUUUUACAAAAAAUAUUUGAAAUUUGUUUCAUUCACACCUAGACGAAUGAAAAAAAAUGUUAAAAAUAUCAUGGUAGAAGAUUUCAUAAUUCAUGCAUCAAAGGGUUAAAACAACCCAACGGUCCGUA